AUUUCUGUCUCAAAACACAUAAAAAGCACUUCCGAAUUGCCGACGUCAAACGCGGCCAUCCGAUCGCUGACCUUGAUUGCUCCCGCUCAUCGAUGUCAAAUGCACGUAAAGCGUAUCCUCUUUCUGCCCAAUUUUGGCGCCACGAGGGGGCCAUAAUCGUCUAUGACUGCGAUCAGAAUCGUCUAUGCACCAUUCCCACAGGCUCGCUCGCCUCCAGUGGCGAUUUAAAUUGGGAUUUCGUCGUCUACUGCAUUCGAGCUUGUGUGGAAGAGGAUGGCUUUGUCUGUGCAUUUGGCGAAAGAGAUGCUCUCGACCUUAACCAAGACGUAACGUCCGGACGCUACUUUUUUCGCAGGGGAGAUAGUCCGAUGCAACCAUGCACCUUGCGACGAGGCCCCAUCGGAAAGCAAAGAGGAAGAGUGGUUGGAGAGCGCAGCGUGGGCUCGAGAAGCACAAUGAGUGACUCAAAGAGGUCUUCUGCAAAUCAGCAAUCCCUCAGAAUCGGCGUUAUCGCACGGGACGGACGCUGUCUCAUUACCGAGAAGCCUUACAACCUGUGCACGGGCUCGCACAUCGUACCUUUCAGCCGUCCCGAUAUUUAUGCAGAGCUGCUGGGCUACGAGGAUGAGUGGCUGUUCGAAACAUGGAUGGGUCUCCUUCUUGAGGACGGAAUUCAUAAGUGCUUCGACCGAUACGAGAUCAGCAUCUAUCCGAGGGGCGAUCAAGAGUGGGUCGUUCACGUCUUCUACAGCCCCGACAGGUCGCUUUUUGAAUACCACGGCAAGAGAUUUGACUCUUCGCGAUUCCAGCUCCCACGUCCAUUCUGGCCUUCUCGGGAUCUCCUGUUGUGGCAUCAUCUGCAAUCCUCUUUUGCCGAACCGCUUCUCUACUCGUGCCUGUCCUUGUGGGAUGAGCCUCAGAUUGAGCAUUCUCUUCUCAGAGAGCAUUCUCUUUUAGAUUAG